UCCGCGGCAGCGGGACACAGUUCAGUCCGGCUCUCCGCUGCUUUCUGACGGAUCUACUCCACGCUGCUGCCGCGUAGGCAUGUUGGGAUUUACCUUGACCUGGACCUGGACCUGGACCUGACUGGACCCGGGACUGAUUUGCCGGAUUAAUUUUUUAAAAACCUGCUGUGUGUCCGCUGGCUGGAGGAGCGCGAGACCACCGGUUGACACCUUCAGCUGCGGGGAGAGGAUCUGAUUCACUUUCUGACCGAAAAUCUCCCCUCCCUCCCUUCACGUUAAGUGUCUUUACAGUUCAAUUCAGGGGCUGUUUGCAGUUUAAAUUUAGCCUACAAAGGUGACUGUAAGCGGCGUACAGAUAACCAAGAAGUAACGGUCAUUUCAGCGGCGGUUAGAGCUCAAUUUAGCCCACAAAAGGUGACUGUAAGCGGGGGAAAGAUAACCGAGAAGUAACGGUCAUUUCAGCGGCGGUUAGAGCUCAAUUUAGCCCACAAAAGGUGACUGUAAGCGGGGGAAAGAUAACCGAGAAGUAACGGUCAUUUCAGCGGCGGUUAGAGCUCAAUUUAGCCCACAAAAGCUGACUGUAAGCGGGGUACAGAUAACCGAGAAGUAACGGUCAUUUCAGCAGCGGUUAGAGCUCAAUUUAGCCCACAAAAGGUGACUGUAAGAGGGGUACAGAUAACCGUAAAGUAACGGUCAUUUCAGGGGCGGUUGCUGUCAAACUUAGUCGAGAAAAGGGGACUGUAAGCGGGGUACAGAUAACCGUGAAGUAACGGUCCUUUCAGCAGCUGUUAUAGCUAAUUUUAACCGACAAAAGGGGACUGUAAGCGGGGUACAGAUAACCGUGAAGUAACGGUCCUUUCAGCGGCUGUUAGAGCUAAUUUUAACCGACAAAAGGGGACUGUAAGGAGGGUACAGAGAACCGAGAAGUAACGUUUUGUUCAGCGGCUGUUGGAGCUAAAUUUAGCUGACAAAAGGAGACUGUUCUGUGGCAAAGACAGUUACGUUUAGGCACAAAAAUAAUAUUUAAGAUUAGAGAAAAAGAGUAGGGGGAGACUUCUGGCAGAGGGGAGAUUUUCGCCACAACACCGGCCCCGUUUAACCCGGUUUAUCUACCCGGGUUAAGUGAACUAGGUCGCUUUCACCAGGUGAUCUGAUCGUCCGCACAAUGCUGCCCAGAUCCUGCAGAUCCUCCGGACCCUGAAGGCAUCAAAGAGCCGGAGCUCGAGCCGCAGAGAUGCCGCUGUCCGCGCCCUGCAGGCGGGACAGAACCGCUGCUGCCGCGUCUGACGCGGACGCGGUAGAGCGGCAGCGCUCGGUGAGGGAGCGCGUGGAAGCCGCGGUGUCCGGGCUCGCGGAGCUGGACUACCUGCGGCAGCGGCAGGAGGGGCUGGUCCGCGCCGCGCUGCCGCGCUGCCGAGAGGCGCAACGGAACUCCGAGGAGAAACUCCUGGAGGAGAACAUCCUGCUGCUCCGGAAACAGCUGAACUGUCUGAGGCGGAGAGACGCGGGACUCAUCAGCCAGCUGCAGGACCUGGACCGCCAGAUCAGCGACCUGCGAUUGGACACCGAGGCGUCACAUGACCCGCUGGAGACCGACAGCCGCCCCAGCUCAGGUUUCUAUGAGCUGAGUGACUGGGCGUCUGGUUCUCUCUCUAACUCGUCUAACUCCGUCUUCAGCGAAUGUUUCUGUUCAAUGGCUGAAGCUGACGGACGUCUCCUUUCUGCAGACGACCUGGCCGGCUGUUUGGAGUCUAACGGUUUGGUUGGAGGACUUUGUGACGACUCGCGGCCCGGCGGUACGGUGCGCCGCUCGCUCUCCGCCCCUCACCCGUCUUCCCUGGACGCCGCCGUCUCCUGGGACUCCCAGUCCAAGUUCCACUAUGACCUGCUGGCCAGAAACGGCUGCGAUGUGUACCGCUACCCGAGCCCACUGCACGCCGUGGCCGCCCAGAGCCCACCCCUGGGCUUCCUGAUGAUGUUGGGUCAUGGCGCUCCCAGCAGAGACGAUGGGACGCUGAAAAGCGUUGAAGGACUCAAAGCAGAAGCUGUUGUGUCUCAGAGCGUUUCCUGGCCGGUUUCUCCUUCCUCUUCCUCCCAGACUUCCUCCACUAAGCGCCUGGACAGCUACAUCUUCAGCGUGCUGCAGCGGCGGGCGCUGCCCGUCCGAACCAACAGACCCAGGACCAGCAUCAGCACGGACCCGUCGAAGAGCGUCCUGCGGCAGGCCAGUCUCUGUGCGAGGCAGGCGUCCGGGUCUGGGACUCUGCGGGCGUCUGAUGUCAAACGAGAAGCAGCGUCAGCCACCAUCUUGUCUCCACGCAGGUCUGUGGAUGUUUCCCCCGACUGCGGCGUUGAAACGAUGCAUCGUGGCGUCAGGAUUACCAGCGGUGACUCGAGCGUCCAGGACGUCUCCUCUGUCCCUAACGCAGACGGUCUGCUGAAACAGAAAAGCAAACGUCUUCUUCCUCCCGCGGCGACUCUCCCCAGAGACUUCAGGGCGCUGGGCGGUCCCCGAGGGAACUCCUCCCCCAAGGGCGCCCGGCAGCCGGCGCGUUUCUUUCCCGAAGAGAAAGUCCUCGCGGCAUCGAGUCCCGGGACCGUCCCGGAGCAAACGGAGACGGCUGAAGGCUCGGCGCGGGACACGGCCGUGGGUUCGUCCUCCCAGAGUCAGGACGAAGCCGGAGGAGGAAGUCAGACGCUGCACGGCGAGUACGUUCCCGCCCAGCGGCAGAGCGCCAAACAUCGCAAGAAUAGCAGCAGGAACGCCACGGGAAAGAACACCACGAUGGUGAAGAACACCACGAUGGUGAAGAACACCACGAUGGUGAAGAACACGACCACGGGGAAGACGAGUCGAGCCUCUGAACACAGCGAUCGCAGACACGCACACAUGUCCGACAGGAGGGGAGAUAAAUCCCACCACCGGUCCCGGCUGUUGGAGGACAUCAAAUUCUCCCGGAGACACGCGGCCAACCGGCUUCCUGCGUCCAUCCCAGAAGGCCGAGUCCCGGACAAACUCGCCGCGGCGCCGCCGAGCGGCGUGCGCUCCGGUGGCUCUAAACACCACCACCAUCACGGGCGUGAGCCGGUCGCGGUCGUCGCCAAACCCAAACACAAGCGCAGCGAUUACCGGCGCCUGCGUGCGAUCAUGGAGGCACCGUACGACGAGGCGUUCAGGCGCGCUCAGCGCCGCCGGAGAAAGGAGCUGUUGAACCGAUCGGCAGCCAGUGGCGUGUUCCUUCGCACCGCGGGCACCGCGCAGCCGUGCAGCCCGUACGCGGCGUCCGCGGCGUGCGGCAGCGACUCUGAGUAUUCGGCCGAGUGCGCAUCGCUCUUCCACUCGACCAUCGCGGACACGAGUGAGGACGAGCGCUCCGACUACACCGCCGACUGCUUCGGAGACAGCGAGUCCAGUGGCAGCAGCGGUGGCGAGGAGGAGGACAGCGACGCCACGGGCGACACGGAGGAGAGCGGAGGGGGCGGGACGGGCAGGGGGCGGAGCCAGUUAGCCGCCGCCACCGUCGCUAACGGCAGAGUGGCGAAGCGGGAAAUGACUCCGGCUCAGGCGAAGGCGUUCGUAAAGAUCAAAGCCUCGCACAACCUGAAGAAGAAGAUCCUUCGCUUCAGGUCGGGCUCGCUCAAACUCAUGACCACGGUGUGAGUCACAGCGUCUGUCGGCAGCGCCAACGUGUGAGUCACAGCGUCUGUCGGCAGCGCCACCGUGUGAGUCACAGCGUCUGUCGGCAGCGCCAACGUGUGAGUCACAGCGUCUGUCGGCAGCGCCACCGUGUGAGUCACAGCGUCUGUCGGCAGCGCCACCGUGUGAGUCACAGCGUCUGUUGGCGCCACCGUAACACGCUGCACGCUUCUCUGGGCUUCAUCUACUUCCUGUUAGGGUUGCAAAGGGGCGGAAAGCUGGGGAAUUUUGGAAACAUUCCAAUUUGGAAACUUUCAUGGAAAUUAAUGGAAAUUAUGGGAAUUAACUGGAAAUGUUGGGUAAUUCAUACAAACUCCCUCUAAUACAAACAUAAAUAUAAACAUUUUGUUUUGUAAUAAGCAGACGGCUAUAUACGGUGAAUUCUUUGAGUUAUUCGUCAGUAUAACUUAGAUAUUCUUUUCCAGCCUAUCAAGAACAAGUGGGCUAUACAAUUAACACACAGGUUAAUAAUAGCAAUGGGUUAUGUAUUCCCCCCGUAUUUUAAAAACUAAAUGUUGGCCAGUAUGUAAGUAGCCUCUGCUGAUUACUGCGUGUGUGCGUGUCAUUGAUGAAUUUAGGGACAUUCAACUGAAGUUGCAUUAAAUCAGUUUUAACCAAGAUUAUGCUGCAAGAUCCCUGUUAUAGACUAACAGUAUUAUAACAAGCAAUAUUAAAAAUAUCCACUUUAUUCCUGUUAAUUCCCAUAUAUUCCCAUUAGUUCCCAUAUAUUUCCGUUAAUUCCCAAAUAUUCCUGUUAAUUCCCAAUCAUUUCCAUAUAUUCCCAUUUAUUCCCAUAUAUUCCCGUUAAUUCCCAUAUAUUCCCGUUAAUUCCCAUAUAUUUUCGUGGAAAGUUUCCAACUAUUCCAAAAUUCCCAGAAUUUUGCAACCCUACUUCCUGUUAGCGUGGACACAACACGGUUUAUAAAGUACCUCCGUAUGAUGUACUGACUCUGAGCGUAAAGAAACCCUCCCUAGCCCUCCUAUCAGACUGCUCUCUCUCUCUGCUAACCCUCCCGUUGUCCUCGCGCCCACUAUGCAACUUUUGCCGAAGUUUUUGUCACUUUUUUGACGUUUUUGAAGCUUUUUCCGUCAUUUUUGUAACUUUUUUCAAACGCUCUAAAAUUGAAUAAAACUCCCAAAUUCAAUGAAGGUACUGAACUGAUCAUUUACUGUACGUGUGGAGAAGUUUGGUUGUCGGGAACCAUCCACGUUAUUUAUUUUGGACAUUUUGGUUGAAAGAAACCCAAACAUUUCUGAAAUAGAAACGUUUUGUAAACGGGUCAGAUUUGACCCAGAGGACAACAGGACGGUUUAAGAUGGUUGUUUCUCCCGUUAAUCACUUUUGAUCGCUCCGCGGCGUUCUCGGCGUGUUCGACAGGCGAUCAGAGGUCAAACCGCGGCGGCGCCGGUGUAUGACAUCAUCAGGGCUGUAAACGGACGCCCGCCAACUCUGAACUUUGGGGUUACCACGGUGAAGUUAGGAGCCGGUUCAUCUGAAUGUAAUUCUUCAAACUCUCUCGACAGUUGAAUGGAAACACGACUUCUGACUUCAGAAGCUGUUGGACGAUCCAGAAAGCGUUUAGUUUGAAGCCUCCCGAGGACCAACCAACCUGCCCGAACUCCGAACUCCUAAAAUAUGGACGUUUGGACGGAUGGCUGUCAGCGUCGGAAGCGGAGAAAAAGGCGCCCUUCAGCGUUUUGGGGAGAGCAGCAGCUCCACGGAGUUUAGAGAGUAGUAUGUAUGUAGUAUGUAGGGAGGUUAGUCGGGGGGGCAGGAUGGGUCAAACACAGGACUUUCACCCAGGGCACCGGGGAUCAGGUCCCACGUGUCUUUAACCGUCCCGUUAUUCCUGCGUGUCAUGGACCUCUUCCUUAAAGCGCCCAUAUUCUGCUCAUUUUCAGGUUCAUAAUUGUAUUUAGAGGUUGUACCAGAAUAGGUUUUACAUGGUUUAGUUAUCAAAAAACACC